CUGGUUCAUUCAAUCAUUUUUAUCGGCUUGCAAAGCAUUAGCUAGUUUACUAGUCUGUACUAUAAGAUUAUUUAGAAAUGUAUAUUAGUAAUAAAUUUACAACAUUCCAUAAACCAUAGUUGAUGCAACAACAAACAGCGUAACGUUGUGAAAUCUCCCGUGCGUAAUUUACGGCAACACGUAUCUGUAUCCUAGCAACCGAAACAGCACAUUCAGUGCCGUUAGCUAGCUGCUGCGCUACUGACGCGCUUUUAUAUAACUUUAAUGCGUUAUUAUUUUAAUUUUUCAUUCUAACGUACAAACUCUUCCGUCGAGCAGAUCAUGGAGAACGUGCAUCUUGCCCCAGAAGAGGAGGAAAAUGACCUCUAUACAGGCUACAAUGACUACAAUCCAACGUUUGACUCUGAGGAUCUUCGCAAUGAUAUGGGCUUUCAGCAGGCAGUAAAGACCAGUUAUGGAAGAAGACCACCAAUGACAGCAAAAUAUCCUGGCACUGCUAUUGGAGGGCGACCAAUUGGAACAGCUUAUGGAUCUCGAAUGCCUAUUGGUACUGCAAUAGGAAGACCGAUGACUGGAGCUGUUCAGGAUGGUGCAGCCCGUCCCAUGACUGCGGUGCGUGCAGCAGGAUAUUCUUCAACGCUGGCUAAAGGCUCAUCGUUUGAUCCGCUGGGACAAUCAAAAGGACCAGCGCCUCCGCUGGAGACGAAGAAUGAUGACACUCCAGAGGAGAAGAUAAAGAUCAUGGAAAAGAAAGUGAAUGAUUUAAUAGAGGAGAGCUGUCUCGCACAUGCACGUGGGGAUUUACAACAGUCUCUAGAGAAAGCCAAAGAGGCAGGCAGGAAGGAAAGAGCUCUGGUGAGGCAGAGAGAACAAACAGGCACUGCAGACCACAUCAAUCUGGAUCUGACUUACUCGGUGCUGUUUAAUUUAGCAAACCAGUAUGCCAAUAAUGACAUGUAUACAGAAGCCCUGAACACUUACCAAGUCAUUGUGAAGAAUAAAAUGUUCAAUAAUGCCGGACGAUUAAAAGUGAACAUGGCAAAUAUCUAUUUCAAGCAAAAAAACUACACGAAAGCCAUCAAGUUUUAUCGCAUGGCUUUGGAUCAGAUCUCAAAUGCCCACAAUGCAAUGAGGAUAAAGAUCAUGCAGAACAUUGGGGUUGUGUUCAUACACAUGGGUCAGUACUCAGAUGCCAUCACCUCCUUUGAAUACAUCAUGAGUGAGAGUCCCAACAUAAAGACGGGCUUUAACCUCAUCCUGUGCUACUACGCCAUCGGAGACCGUGAGAGGAUGAAGAAAGCCUUCCAGAAACUCAUCAGUGUGCCUCUCGGGAUUGAUGACGAAGACAAGUAUAUCCCUCCUAAUGAUGACCCUCAUGCAAACAUGGUGAUUGAGGCUAUAAAGAAUGAUAAGCUUCACCAGAUGGAAAGGGAGAGGAAAGCCCUAGCAGAAAAAUACAUCAUGACAUCAGCUAAGCUUAUCGCCCCAGCCAUAGAAUCAUCAUUUGCCGCUGGGUUUGACUGGUGUGUAGACAUGGUGAAGGGUUCACAAUAUGUGGAGUUGGCAAAUGACUUGGAGAUCAACAAAGCUAUUACUUACUUAAGACAGAGGGACUUUAAACAGGCAGUUGAGACCCUAAAGAUGUUUGAGAAGAAGGACAGUCGGGUGAAAAGUGCUGCUGCUACAAACCUUUCCUUUCUCUACUUUUUGGAAAAGGAUUAUGAUCAGGCUGACCGCUAUGCCGAGUUGGCCAUGAGCGCUGACCGCUACAACCCUGCUGCCCUCAUAAACAAGGGCAACACGGAGUUUGUAAAGGAGGACUAUGAGAAAGCAGCAGAGUUUUAUAAGGAAGCUCUUCGUAAUGAUUCGUCCUGCACUGAGGGUCUCUAUAACUUAGGUUUGACCUAUAAGAGACUGGGUAGACUAGAGGAAGCUCUGGACUGUUUCCACAAGCUGCAUGCUAUCCUCAGAAACAGCGCUGAAGUCAUGUACCAGUUGGCCAGUCUAUAUGAGAUGUUGGAGGACCCUCACCAGGCCAUUGAAUGGCUGAUGCAGCUCACCAGUGUGACCCCCACAGAUGCCCAGGUGCUGGCCAAACUUGGAGAUCUAUAUGAUAAUGAAGGAGAUAAAUCACAGGCUUUCCAGUACUAUUAUGAGUCAUACAGGUAUUUUCCCUCAAACAUUAGUGUCAUUGAAUGGUUGGGUGCGUAUUACAUCGACACCCAGUUCUGUGAGAAAGCUAUUCAGUAUUUUGAGAGAGCUACCCUUAUUCAACCAACACAGGUAAAGUGGCAGCUAAUGGUGGCCAGCUGUUACAGAAGAAGUGGAAAUUAUCAAAAAGCACUUGAGACCUACAAGGACAUUCAUCGGAAAUUUCCAGAAAACGUUGAAUGUUUGCGCUUCCUGGUCAGGUUGUGCACAGAUAUGGGAUUAAAAGAGGUGCAGGAUUAUGCCACCAAACUCAAGAAAGUCGAGAAAAUGAAGGAGAUCCGAGAGCAGAGGGUGAGGUCUGGGAGAGAGAGCAGCGCUCGGAGUCGAAGAGAAGGCAGUGCUGGCAGUGGAAACACUUCAAACUUUACACUCACUCACCCUAAGAAAGCCACUGAUGUUGAUUUCAUCUCAGGUGAUAUUCAGUUGGGUGCAUCAGGUAGUUCUGAGAUUAAAGGUGAUUCUGUUUCUAAUACAGUUUUACAAUCAUCUUUAAGGAUGCGAGUGUUAUCAGCCUUCUAACCGCUCUCUUCUUUCAAUAUUUUCUUCUCGCAACGCAUUAGGAAGUGGGUCAAACCCAAAGAAGUCCAGUGGUACGAUGACUCACAGCAGCUGCAUGUAGAAUAGAACAGACACGGUGUUAUAAAAGCAGUUGUGAACAGUCAAAAUAAUGAAGUUAACCCACACUCCCUAACUGUGAUCUUAUUGAUGAGAUAUACUGUAGAGCAAUACGCUAAUUAUAAGUUUGUAAACAUUCGGGAUGCGCGCGCAUCUUGGUUGCAGAAAAGAGAUAGCCUUCAUAGCGACUAGAGAAUUCCACGGAUACGGUAUACAAAAAUAGUUAGACUUAGAAAGAUUAUAGAAAACCUUACCUGAAAUAAAAUAAACGCCGAUCCGGGUGAUUUAGUCAGUCCAGCCUGUUCGUUUAAUGACUUGUUUAGCUUAAAAUGGCAUAUUCAACGACAAUAUUCCAUAAGAAAUAAUACCAUAAUUUUUGCCAUUCCUAUUCUGACAUUCAACAACACAAAAACAAGCUUUUGAAGGAAUUGUCUCCUACGUUUCGCUCAUUGCUGCUUUGUUUCCACUGUUUUUCUGCAACCAGUAUGCGCGCGCAGCUGGCAGUGACGUAACCGUGACGUCGACUCCAAAUUGGUCUAUAGAAUUAAAGUAAUUAUGAAAAUAUUGUAUCCUGGUAUUGUAUCACCACAAUUCUCUCAUUAUUUAUUCACCCCAUGUCAUUUAAAACCUGUAUAUGACUUUUUCUGUUGAACACAAAAGAAGAUAUUUUGAGAAAUGUCUCUGUGGUUUUGUGUCCAUACAAUGGAAGUCAAUGGGGCCCAGUGUUGUUUGGUUACCAACAUUCUUCAAAAUAUUUUGGAACUGAUCUGUUCGUUUACUUUAUCUUUAUUUUUCCUCAAAUUUCAUUUAUUUAGUAAUCUGUUUCUGUCUGUUAUAUUUCUGUGUUUAUCUUCUCUUCAUGG